AUGAGUGUCUUUGACUGUAUGCUUGCAAUUCGCAGAUUCAUUGCUUGUAGGGGCCUUCCAUCAGUGCUGUACUCCGAUAAUGCUAAGACCUUUGUUGAAUGUGUCAGUGAAUUGCAAAAGGUUUAUGGACACCUGUCUCCCCACUGGAGAUUUAUAGUUCCAAGGUCUCCUUGGUGGGGAGGUUGGUGGGAACGUUUAAUAAGAUCAGUAAAGUCUGCUGUUCAAAAAACUUUAGGUGGUAAUUAUAUUUCCAGGUGUGAAUUAGAAACGACCUUACAUGAAGUUGAGGCAUGUGUAAAUUCCAGGCCUUUGACUUUUGUUAGUGAACCACCUGAUGCCCCUGUCCCUUUAUCUCCCUCUCAUUUUCUUAUUGGGAGAAGUACAGGUUUUCAAACUCCGGUGAACACUGACCCUUCUUGUAUUUCAGCUAAGGAUUUAAGUGAUAGAGAAAUCUUAAGAAGGCAGAUCUUAAAUAAGUUUUGGACUGUGUGGAGCAAUGAUUAUAUCAGGAAUUUACCUUGUGUUGUUAAGGGUUUCACUCCAAAUUGUGACCUGAAAAAGGGCUAUUUAGUGUUAGUGAAGGAAGAUAAUUUGUCCAGACUGCAUUGGCCCUUGGGUGUGAUAGUUGAUGUAUUUCCAGGCAAAGAUGGUCUUAUUAGAAGUGUAAAUGUAAAAACUUCCAAAGGGGUAAUUACCAGGCCUAUACAAAGAUUACAUUAUCUGGAAAUUUCAAGUUUUGACUCUGAAGCUAUAACAGAAACCAUAAAUGAAUCCAUGCCUGAAUCCCCUCUUGAGAAAUCUAAGUCUGUAUUCCCUCUUGAGUACUCUGUUGAGAAUCGCACCCGAUCGGGCAGGAUAACUAAGGUCCCUAAGAAACUAGAUUUGUGA